GGCGGGUAGAGACAGUGACGUGCGCUACGCGUUGUGUCCGGCCGUGAUACGCCCUACACAGUGAUGUUCUAAGGACUACUCAAGAAUGGAAUGGGCUAUAGAAAUUUUGCUUGAAGCCUCGGGAAAGCUUGGUCUUCCAAUGACCAUCUUCCAACUACUAAUGACAAGCUGAAGCUCGCAGUUCGUAAAAAAUGGUUUAUUUACCAGUUUGGAUUAUUUUAAUUUAGGUGGCCUGAAAAACUUGGAGAUCACUCACUGGUGGUAGAGGGACUUCAAGCAUCGCCCCCAGACAGUGCCCGACUAUGACUGUGAUGCUCCUGGACCGACACACCACCACACAGUAUCAUCAGCAGCCUCAGCAGCCAGUCAGCGCGCUCAAAGCCCCUCUCCGCAUCUCCUACUCGCCCUCCAAGGCUAUGCGCUACUACCGCCUCUGGAUAUACACGUGCAACGCCGUGCUUCUAGUGUCAGUCAUCGGCUUCGCCAUCGUCGCGACCAAGAUUCUGGUCGCCGACCCCAAGCGGGCCUUGAUACCCGGCCUGUCGCUCAGCCAGCCCAGCUUCCUGUACGCCUACCUCGCACUCAUCACACAGUCGGGUGUUCUCCAGUUCAUCGGCUGCCUGGGCGCUCGCAAGCUCAACGAGCGGCUAUUGAACAUUUAUUGGUUGUUGAUCUUGUUGCUGCUCAUCGGUGACGGGAUGUUGGGUGUUGUGUGGGUCUACCGCUUCGACCGUAUAACCGAGGAACUCCGUCCGGUGCUCAAACAGAGGUUAGCACUCGAGUACGGAGUCGAUUCGUCAUUCACGGAGCUCUGGGACUCUGUGCAAAGACAAUACAAGUGUUGUGGAGUGGACAGUAGUCAUGACUUCCAGCACAACCUGACGCUCCAUUGGGGUAUUUCUUCAACAAUAGAUCCACUGACGACGUCAUUCCCCAUCACGUUCCUGCCCGCGAGUUGUUGUAUAGAGGCGCCUCCCGUGGCCGCCGCCCUCAGGCACUUCGUGUUCACAACAACCACCCCCAGCAGCACCUUGGUGCCCACCUCCACACAGAGCCCCACCACUCUAGCACAGCCGGGUGGAGGUUCCAUCAGGUGCAUGAACUCAAGCAGUUUCUACAGAGAUGGCUGCGAAGAGAGGAUAUUGAUGUGGCUGCGUCAGACAGCAGAUAUUCUAUUCGUCCUGGGCUAUUGCGUCAUAGCUUUCCUCAAACUGUGCUUCCUAGGAAUUCUCAGGUACGAGAUUCGAGAGAUGAUCCAGAAGAUCAAGAUCCUGCAGGGCGAGUUGCGGGCGGGUCUGUACCUCCAGGAGACCCCGAGCAAAGCACCUCAUAUUGCAAGGCAUGAACACAACAACGGACGCAUUAUGUCAGAUGCUUCACAAGGAACAAAUACCCUGACGGCCCGCCGCCUGGUGCCUAACGAAGUUUCGACACUGCAAGCUCAGAACAGUCUGCAGAACACGCCUCUACACCACAUCAACCCCACAGCCCAUCACAGGCAUCUGUCAGCAGUCAUGUCUACUGACAUAGACAGUGACACUAACAGUCACUGUGCACUGCUCAUUCCGGAGGAUGCGCUCAAACAGGGUCACAAUAACAACUACGCACUACAAGAGUAUAUCCUGAAGAGGCACCAUAACCAAAUGUGACUACGUAGACUGCUGACCGCGUGGUUCUCACCUGACGCCACUCCUUUCCCUUUCUCGGUGACACCGCACAAGGACAAGGAGCCGGAGAAGAAAUAGACUACCGAGUAGUAGCUAGGUACCGGUAGUAACAAUAGGCCAGGCCAGCGCCCAGCGGUGGCCGCAACUCGGACAGACUAACUGCCACCAGUCACUCUGCUUCGAGUUGCUCCCGAGCUUGGUUUCGGUGAAUGGAAACUGACGAUGGAGAUGUAUCAAAAUAUAAGCUUUAAUGCUCAUAACGAUCUCUUGAAACUAAAGUGGAAUGUUUGUUUUUAAACUCUUGCUUUCAUAACUCAAUCAUUCUCAUAUUUUCAAAAAUAGUUUUUAUAGUUAUUUUUAACUUGGUAAAAAAUAUAAAGUUAGCAACUUGAAACUCAACAUAGUUCAGAAUGAACUCAAAGAGCAUCUUAACUGUAACUAUCGUAAAAUCACCAUUCCUCAAAAAAUAAUGCUCUGUUUAUACUGUUUACAUAUAACGGUGCACACACAAUAUAGAUAUUUAAAAAUGAAACUUCCGUUCUUGUUCUGUUAGGAUUGAUCAGAUGUUUCUUAUUCCUAUUUAUAUGUACAACUUGUAGCCUGUAAAAAUUAUUAUUUUUCAAUUAAAUUUAAUUUGAUAGUAUCAGUUAGUUUUAAAUAAUUAGAGGUUAUUACAAUAUGCCAUACAAAAAAUUCAAAAUGUUUCAUUAAAAAAGUUACAACAUUUGGUAGCAAAACAUACAAUAAAUUAGCAGAAGGUGUCAAAUAUGUUAUAACUAAAUUAGAAUAUAGUUUAUUUUUUAUUUACAUUUCCAUUACAAAAUCAAAACUUUGAUGUCUCGGCAGCGGUGUCAAUGAAAUAUAUAAAUAACGUCUACCAGAUAUAUAUGAUAUAAUACAAUUCAUUUUGGAAAUAAAAUAUUAAUAGAAUCAUGCAAAGAAAUAACUAACUGGCGCAAACUUAGCGCAGAUUUGGGUCCCUGGAUAUAAAUGUGUGUGUGUAUUUUAUGUAUAAACUACAGACACUUCUAACCACAUGGCUGAAGAUAGGAUCUGUUGAAUACUCUCCGAACACAUCGCAACGAGUUUUCAGCUGUCUCGAUCAAUUUCCCAUCCACCUAUCAUUACGGAAGCUGACGUGAAUUAUUAGCUGGGAAGAGCUUACAGUCACAACUGUUAUCUCCUGAGAUCCUCUUUGCCAAGUCUGUUUUGUUUUAGGCAUUGUGAGUAGAUUACAACUGUCAAGUCUGAUUUUCCAUUUUGCGUAAUAAAUAACGUUAGUGUAUUGUGUAGUGAAAUACCCUGUGAGAAGAUCCGUAUUCGAAAUUUUUCAUUAGGAAAGGUUUUAUGAGGUCUUGGUUUAAAAGACAUUUUUACUAUUUUACGACACGAAGAACACCACGAUAAUUUAUUAGAACUCUUAUGUUUAGAUUUUAUUCGUUAUUUCAGUAUAGAACGCGGUUUGAGAAAACUGUCCUUAAAAAGCUCAAAAGGGUACAUUAUAGCGGCCGUUAUUUUUUUAAAUUCAAUAAAAUUCAAUAAAAGUGUUUUAGAAUUCUUACAGCAUUGCCUAAAACUUGCGUAAUUGUCAAAUUUUUAUUUCAAACUGUUUAUGGCAUAUUUAUUUAAUGUACAUUCCAUAAGAAAUAAGUAAUUAAUAUAUUUUAUCAUAAUUGGUGAUGUUAUCACAAAAUUAACGUACGUCUGCCGACAAAGGCGGAACAUAAAGACAAUAUAAAAACGUGUAGUUUAAUAACAAAAACUGAAACGUAGUUACAUUUCGAUCAAUCUUCGUGAUAGUCAUUAAAAGGUUCAUAUUUGCCUUCAAUUUGAGAAGAUAACGCAGAUAUUUUCUGUAUUUUCUAAUUAUUUGUAACCUCAAGUUUCAGGUUCUAUAACGUUAAUUAUUGAAGAGUACUCGCUAUUUGAGUUGUGUACAUACGACUACAAUACAGUGGCAUCAAAGUUGGUAAUAAGUUAGAAAGUUUUUCAUCAGAAACACCAUUUUGAAACUUGUAUGUAAGUAUGUAAGACGCGAAGCAGAGUGGUUGGUACAAUCUGAACAAACUUAAAACUUUGUUCUAUAAAUCAAAAGAGUGCUUGAGAGGCCCUAAGUUAUGUUCCAGGGCUGAAUACCUCAGGUAAAACCUGAUGCUGAGAUCAUUUACGUGGUUGGAGGAGGGGUCUUGCAUCCUUGCUUUCGUUACUAUCUCCUUCAUUGUUUGUGAGGCAAUUAAGGGGGAUUUUGUAAAAUAUUAAUUUCAUUACACAAUCAUGACAAUUGCUCUUCAUUAGUUUAAUGCCGAAUAAUAACUUUUAACAAUUCUAAAUCUGAAGUAUAUUUGAUUUAGGACACAAUCUGUACACAUUUUUAAUUUUGAAGCACUAAUAUUUUAAAAUACAAUUGGUUAAGAAACCAAUACUUAACGCUUUUGCAUGUUAAUCAUUAGUGAGCGUUUAUAAUAACUAUGUAUGGUUAAUAUAUAAUCAAAUAAUUCCAUCAGCCAAUGAUAUUAUUUGAUCAUGUCAAGAGCCCUACAGUACAAACAUAUGGAUGAAUUUACUUAUUGGAUUGGGUAAACUUCUUCUUCCCCAGAAGAGGCCCUUCUCUGUAUUAGUUUUAGAUUAAUAUGGCAGUGGAAAUACAUUCAGCCUUUUCCUUUGUCAUAUUAAUUCUGUCAAUUGACGAGCUUUUAAUAAUUAUCUUUUAAUAAUGUAUACGCGUUGUUAUAUCAAAAUUAGCCGUUUUUAUUUUAAGUCCAGCUAUUGAAUGAAUAAAUACGUCGUUAUAAAACAUAAAAUUUAGAUUUUAAAUCCAUCUCCAUUUGAGUUAUAUUUAACACCCGGUUUACCACACAACUGAAUAUAAUAUUCUGGAAGCAUCUUACAUGUUUCUAAUUUACAGUAACUAUUUUAGCAGUAUAAAUUCUCAAUAUUUAUCAACGAAAUUUGAUUAUGUGUGACAAACUGCAUAAGUUGCUUUUCUAAUCACCUUUAACGAUAAAAAGAUAAGUGCAAACGUAUGAGCACAAGUGUUAACCUUCAUAUCACUUAUAGGGUUGCAUGUUAAUAUCGUCGUAGACAAGUUUAUUGAAUACUAUCCUUGACAAAAUAUCAUAAGUAAAUUAUAAUGUACUAAAUACAACGUUCAAACCUCUCUCCGUGGAUUCCUCGGCAAGCCACUCCUCCUUCUAUUGAUUAAAUGACCAUGGCUGUCCGUUCCUAGAUUAAAUCUUUACUAAUAGUUUACUCGAGUUUUACUGGACAUCUGAGGGAUUAUACAAUGAUUAUUUUCUAACUGUACUGACAAUUUUAUACGUAUGACUAGAAAUAUAAUUGUUAUUACCGUAGUAGUUUGUUUUUUGUUAUAUAUGUAAAUUAGAUGUACAUUUCCUAUAGAAUGCAAGCAGUUUCAUCUUAAAUACAAGUAACGUCAAUAGAUUAAUUGUUUAUACUGUUACCUUUGAAAUUAACACUCGUUAAUGUUUACAUAAAUAUUUUCCAGUAAACUAAUUUAUAUUGUAGUAAUUAAAUUAGCUACUCAUUAAAUUUUCUGAUAUUGUAAAACAAUAAAAUGUUUUUUAGAUAUAGGUAGAAGUUGUUACUUGAUGUAGUUCAAUUUUUUUCCGACGGUUUUUUCUAUACCUCAGAUGGUCAGUAACAAAACAAACAAUGAUUUUUGUAUAGUUCAUAUGUUCUAUGAGUGUGGUAGUACAUAUGCUCCAUUCUAUGAGAGCAUAAGUACUAAUAUUUUAUCUCUACUGUGUUUUUACAUUUAAUGACUGAGGCUUGUGUUGUAGCGCCCGCAUUCCCGACUGCAUCGCCUGCAAAUAGAGCUUACCUUAACGUGAUUUUUAUGACUUUAGAGCUAAGCUGUUUAAUUUUAAGAUUUGUUAUAGGCUAAGAUAUAUUUUUAGUACAGCUUGUUACAAAUAGCUCAUUUGCUGUUAAUGCAAAAAAUAGAACUCGCAUGUUGUCAUAGAAGAUUAUAUUUUUACGAGGGUGUAAAUUGGUUCUGUACUUUUCGACUUUUAAUUCAAACAUAAUAGGAAUAACGUGCAUUCGUAGUUUGAUUUGUGACUAAACAUUAUGUCAAUAGUAAAUGUUCACUAAAUCCUUUAUUUAAUAUUACCGAAUUGCACUAGUUUCACCAUCACUACGUAAUACUUAUGUGAAAAAUUCUUUCUGUAUAAUUAAAAUUCCUAUAUUCGAGUCGAAAUUACAGAACCAAAGCAGGAAUUGACUUCGUUCUGCUACGUUCUUUGUUGUUAUAAAGAUCUCAUACUUGGUUGUUAAAUGACGGUUGGCAAAGUCUGAGGCAGUUUGUAUGCCCAUUUAUGUUUACAGGUGUUUAAACAAUUGGAACAAAAUUACAGCUUGUUAUAAUGAGUUACGUUCAGAUGAUUGACCGUAUGUCAUAAGUGUUAAACGGAACUACUGUUGUGUAUAUUCCUGUAACAUUUUUUGUGCGAACUUAAUUUUUGUAUCUAUAAAUUCGUCCAACACUCAUAUUUUCAAGUCUUAUAAUACAAUGUUAUAUGUAAUGAUGGUAUCAAGCUUAUAAUUCAAGAAUUUGGUAAUUCGCUUGUUUUUAUUUACAUUCACGUUUUGGAUUUUUACAUUUUUAGAUGUAUUAAAUGUUUAUUCAUGUAUUAUCAUAUGAUGGUGUUAAAACCCCAAUUUUCCACAACAGUUAUAAAUGUUGUAUUAUGAAAAUAAUGAAAUCAAUUUAAUUUUAAUCUAAAAUGUUAUUAUAUGAUAUAUAUGUUAAUCCAUAAGCUUCAAAGAGUAAUAAGAGAUGAACACAAUACUUACAUUUUGGGCAGAUCGACUUUAAGUUUCAUAGAGUAAGAGUUUAUAUGACAUAUUGAUGCAAUUGCAAAGUUAAGUUUAUUAUUAAACCAACUAUUCAUAAAUCUUACACAAUAUAUCAAACAAUGUGAAAUUGAGGUAUAUUUUUGAUGAAAACUAAAGUAUAUAUUUUGGCUAUACUGAUCUUGACUGAUGACUGAGCUGUAGAUCUAGGUUUAAAUAAUUCAUUUGUGUAUGAUUCUAUCCUUAACAAAUGUUGAAAACAAUACAAAUUAUAUAAAUUUUAUGGAUUAAUAUGAGCGAAUAUAAUUAAUCUUCAGUAACGAGUGAUAAAAUUUCUGUAUUCUCUGAAGUGUAAAGUUUUCCUUAAAAUAUUUUUCGUUUGAUAGUGUAUUGUUUUUUUAUAAGUUCCACUUAAUUUAUGUUAACACUAUUACCAUUCAAACCAAGUUGAGGAAAACAGAAGUAUGUCUAACGUGAAGAUGGGUACAAUACCUUACAAAUCUAAUUGUGUUAGAUAAUACAAUUAGGUGACAGUGUUAACUCUUCCAAAGUAUUUUGAUGAAUAAUAAAUAAAGAUAUU